UUGUUAUGUGUAAAGAGAGCGGUCAAGCAGCAGUCGUAGACAACUUCAGUUUUUGUCUCAGCGCCAAAAUUUUCAUCACAAUAUGCUGAAUGUCAAGUACAAAAGCAACGUAAUUUUGGGUGGCAGCUUAGUUUUAAAUUUACAUUUCUAACAGAGCCAGCGAGUAAUAGCACAUCACAUGCUAAUAUCAAUGUUUAACUUGGAAUGUAAACGUUCAUGAAACAAAUUCUGAAAUAUUAGAGGUCUGAAGAGAAUUUCAGGAAUAAUUUGCACAUUUUAAAAACCACGCACAUAUGUUUGUACAUUACGGUGUGCAGUAAAACUUGCAGUUGGCUUGUACCAUCCAGUGAAUGGAGAAAGAAAAAGCUUUUGGAGAAAGGCUAUCGUAGCCCUAUUAUUUAUCAGACAAUGUUGUCCAGAAGUGAUGCAAUUGCUUGGUCAGUUGUCUUCAUGACAGAGGCCCUGACGAUCGUCGCUGGUAAUGUGUUCUCAAUAGUCAAAUUUACUGGAACUGGUAAACUGCACAGACGCAGUUCAUAUUUGUUGAUAAACCUAGCAGCAGCGGACACCCUUGUUGGAGCAUGCGCUAUUCCGAUGUUCGUAUACCUCAUUGGGGGACAGGCGCAAUUGUGGCCAGUAAGCUUAGAAACUCCUCUGAUCGCUUACAAAGCGGUUGAUGUCAUUUCAGGCCUUGCUUCGAUUUUGUCUCUUACGCUGAUAUCUUUGGAAAGGCUAUGGGCAACUUUAUGGCCGUUACGUCACAGAGUGAUGCGAACACGAGUAUACGUGGUGGGAAUUAUGUUCGUGUGGUUUGUAGCUUUUGCAAUCAUAGCCAUUGAAUUGCUCACUCGCCACAUCCCUAUAAGAUUUAUCUUUUACAGUUCUGUUGUCAUCCUCUCCAUUUGCUGCGUGAUAGUGUUUGUAACAAACUUAGUGAUCUGGAUUCAGGUUGGAAACCGGAAGAUAUCAUCUCACUUCCGUAACGCAACGUUACAAGAGCGAAGACUGACUAUCACUUUACUCAUUGUCACGCUUAUAUCUCUAUGUGCUUGGCUUCCAUUUACGAUUUUAAACAUUGUAAAUCAACUUCAAUCGGUGUCGGUGAGCAUGACGCUAAUUUAUCUCACAAAACUUUUGCAUUAUGGGAACUCGUGCGCCAAUGUUUUCGUGUAUUCGUUGAGGAUCGCCGAGUUUAGGAGGGCUUUUGCGAAGAUGUUGUGUUGCGAUCAGUCUGCCAUCAGCGAGAAAGCCGUACUGCUUCACACUCAAGUGGCACGUUUAUCAAAAGAUACCACAGCUCUUGAAAUGGGAAUUUUGAAAUCCAAUUUAUUGAGAUCCAAGGCAAAAAAUAUAAAGGGCAGUCUCAUUGUAAUGCCUGAUAGAGAGGAUGAUAAAACAAGAGAACUCGCUAAUUUCCCGUCAAUGCCAUUUCUGUCUCGUUUUUUACAGGGGAUCACCUACAAAUUCAAGAAAAAAAUGAAUUGUAGUAACAGCACGAUACAUUCUCCUGUGAGCACGAGGGCACAUCCAUGGUUCGUGGUUUUCUGUGUCGAGGCGUUUGUCAUUGUAUGUGGUAAUCUCAUCACUAUUUUGGCAUUUGUCUCGAGCAAGUCCUCGAAAAAGAGUAAAUUCAUGUUGCUUACUAAUCUUUCUGUAGCAGACAUGUUAGUCGGCGCUUUUCCUUUGCCUUUAUAUUUAGCUUAUCUAGGAGGCGAACUGUCAUUUUGGAACGUUCACUGGGAACUGGCUUUGGAUAUAACUUUGUUUGGGCUGGAUGUUCUUCUUGGAUUUGCAUCUCUGACAACUCUCACAGUGAUUUCUCUUGAACGUGUCUACGCCGCCAUGGUUCCAGUCGGUUAUCGCGGUCUCAACUCGCGAAAUUAUUUGUUUUCCAUCGCAUUGAUUUGGUCUGUUGCUUCUACAACCACAAUUGUUUGCCUUGUGAGUAAUUUUGUGCUCAACUCCACGAAAAUUGCAACCUAUGUGUCUAUGUCUCUGCUGAGCGUGCUCUGCGCUGUAAUAAGUGUCUCCUACUUGACAAUAUGGCGCCGAAUCAAAUCCAAAAGAAAGAUAAUUCGGCAAAAGUCGAGCGAGUACGAAAACAAACUGGCUUUGACAUUGUUUAUUGUGACGCUCACUUCGCUUGCAGCUUGGCUUCCCUUUGUUAUUGUCAACAUUCUGUUCGUGUUUACGUCGGUGCAUUUUAGUUUCAACUUUGUUUAUUUUUCCAAAGUACUUCACUAUGGAAACUCCUUCGUGAAUCCUGUAGUUUACGGCUUGAGGAUACCAGAAUUUCGAAGCUCAGUGGUUAGAAUUUUCUGCACGCGUUCCAGGCAAAGGAAACACGCCUCCAGCCGUCAGCUUUCACAACUGUGUAGCGUUACUGAAGAUGUUCAGAGCACCUCUCGAUCAAAUCGGUGCCAAACGCAAAAGGAGAAAUUGUGUCAGCCCGGUAAAGGCCAAAACACCGCAUUAACCUGGGGAAAAGGUAAUCCUCAGGAAGCCUCAGUUCUACCUACUGACCUGGGAGACACUGAGAACCUUUGAUACUUCAAAUAAGCGGACUUCGAAUCAGAUUUAUCUCUGGGUUAUAACGUUAAUUUUUCUUCCCCUCCUUUCAAACUGUUAAAUUUGAGAAAUGAACAAUGGAUUUCUACAGAGAAAAACUAGAAGAUUAUCCAUUUUUCUUUCGGAUUGAAAGACCCAAGAGAGGAGUUACAUAAGCAGUUGAGGAAUGUGACUUUGCUUAGCUUUUGCUCAAGGUAGAGCCACUGUCGAUUUUACAAGUUAAUCUGGGAACGCGUUGGAUCUGUAGCAAGCAGGACGAGACUAACUUGGACUAGCCCAGGUGAUUAUUAUGGGAUUAAAAGAAGAAAAAGAUCCCACGAGGAAAGCAAGGCGGUGAAAAACGACAGUCGAGGAGAACGUUACUGUUUGGUGUGUUAGUUAUUUCGCGUGAUUAAAGUAGUGUGCAAUAUUUGGUAACCCCGACGUGACAGGGGCCGUUGAAAUGUCAAACGAGGCCGAAGAGCUACAGAUAGAUGUGAGAACUGCUAUUUGUCAACUUGGCGAAACAAGCCUCCGCGAGUUAUGUGCAGGACUGCAGGUCAAAGUGAAAGAGACGGACAAGGGACGCCUGACCUUGAUACAACUCCUAACGAAAUAUUUAGAUGCCGAGGAAAUUGGGAUUGACGCAUUAAAGAAUCUCAGGGAGGCAACUAAGAGAGUGUCUCCGUAAAAACGGUCCGGUCGAUUUUGCUUGACACAGAUUUCCCUCAUUUCUUGUGUGUUGUAAGACAUUCAUUUGCCUAUACUAA